AAAUAAUCCCGCCCUCAAAACCCCGAGGGUCUGCCCUGCAGUCCUCCGUCGUGCUCUUCCUCCCACACCUAUCCAUACUCCGUCACCAUCACCAUCCCACGCACGAUGCCUCACUCGCUGCGCCCGUGUCUCAAGCACGACGGCAGUCCCUCCCUCGACCACGAGCCAAACCACUCGCCCUCCUCCAGCCCCUUCCCCUUCGCCGCCUGUUCCAACGUCUCCGCUCCAACCCGUGUUCGUUUCCCUCCUACGCCCUCCCUCGUCUCCACACACCUCACCCACUCCCCACGCUCCUACGAUCGCGCUCCCAUCGUCGUCUCCCCAAACGCGUGCGCCCUCCCCGCACGUAACGACCGCACGUACACCCCCUCCUCAGAACCCAGCGCGAGACGCUCACCGCCGAGAUCGUCCGCGAAGACGAUCAAGGGCAGCUACUUUCACCCCAAAGCGUUCGAGGCCUGCGAACGCGAACCCAUCGACGCACCCACCAUAUCCCUCUAUCCCCCACCACCGUCUUCGUUCGCCGUCCCUGCCCUCGUGCACGACCACUCGUCAUCAGAGUCGGACGAAUCGGAUACGUCCGUCACCACCCCACCCGAUCCCUCGCAUCCUCAGCUCCUACCCCCGAUAUCCUUCGCAAUGCCCACUCACUCGCACGAUCCAAAGGACGACAGGAUGCGUUCGUUCUUCUCGCAACCGCCCUCUCCCAAGUCGGAGCGGAAUAGUAGAGAGAAGAAGAGGAGCCCGAGUAGGACGAGGGGACAGAGGCUGCCGACGAAGAGGAGCGAGUUCGCUGUACCAGAUCUUGAUGACGACGGCUGUUUAGGCGGGUUCUGACCAGACGGGCAGAGUCGAGGAAACCUAGAAGGCGUUCAAUGGAAUCCUUCCUUUCCUUCUAUCUCUCGACUUUUUCUCUGUUCGUCUUGAUAUCCCUGAUCGUUCAUCAUCAUCAUCAUCAUCACGAUGCAAUGGCCUCACCCCCACCCACGCACUCACGACCACCCCUCGCUUGAUGCUCUUCGACAUGCGUUCGUGCUCGUAUCCGUAUUCCUCUCUUCGCUUCUCGCUCUCGCUAUGUGACGCCCCUCUCACGACUCCGUUUUUCCGAUACCCGGCACAUUUACCCCAUCCACGCACCCCAUCCACACAUUUCCCAUGUCCUCAUCAUUAUAUCUAUUGCAAUCCAAUCAAUCCAAUCCAAUCCAAACCCGUCCCGCCCACCACUCUAAUCUUCUCCUCUUCUCCUUUCAUUGCUCGUCGUUAAUUGCUAGCUGCUUACCACCCUGUUGUACUAUUGUUGAAUCGUCGUCGCUGAUCCUCGCAGACGGAUAUCCGCCCAUGGACCUCUCUCAUCGAAUACCUUAAUUCCCUAAUGCAUUCGUUUUUUC